ACUAUUUACCAUAAUAUUUUAUUUUAUUUUUUAAAAUGACGUAGCUGGGUGGGUGGGGCGGGGGAAAGAAAUAAAGAAUGAGAGUUCGACGAUUAUGGGAAAAUGAGAAGCACGUCUUAGUUAACUCUCCAGACCAAACACGUCCCACAUGAAUUACGUCAGAAAUUACUUACUAAAUUUCCUGGCUAAUCAAGGAGUAAUCCCCCUAAUUAAAAAUGUUAUCCAGAGCCACACAUAAUUAAACACGUCUUAGUAAUACUUAGUUGCAAAAGAAAAACUCGCCUUUGACUUUUUUCUUCUCUCUUAUAUCUCGAUGGAUCUACAUCUACAUAGCUCUUCAAACGUAUAGAAGUACAUUGUUCAAGCUUUUCCGUCUCAGAGAAAGCUCUUAAUUAAAUUGGCCAUCAUCAUUGCACAAAGUAUGAAUAAUUUAGUGAUGAAGCGUAAGAAGCAGCAGCUUGUCAUUCUUCGACUCAUCAUCACCAUCGUCCUGGCCGUGAUGGUGAUAUCAGCGGCAGCUCAACGCGGCGGCGGAGGAGGAGGAGGUGGUGGCGGCAGAGGGGGAAGCAGUAGCGGCGGGAGCAGAGGGGGAAGUGGUGGCGGAACUAGGCCAGGCGUUAUUAAUGGUGGCAACGGCGCCGGCGGAACUGGUAGUUCGUCGGGAUCAGCAGCUGCUCUUUCUUGGAAUAUUCACAAGUUAAUUACUGGGUUAGUUCAGAGUGCUGUAUUGAUCAUGAUCAUCAUGUAUUAGUUUCUACUUUGUACUUCUCAUGAUCCUUCCCUUCCACGUCUCCAACUAGACGUACUGUCAUUUUGUUUUGGGUUAAUACUUGGGAAGAUACAACCCAAGGUUUAGAGCAUUAACAAGGAUUAAUUGCAUAUGUGAAUAGCCACAAAUUAAAUAGACUUCUGCAGCAAAUUAGAAGCUCCAACCAUCCAACGUGUCAGUUUGUUAUUGGUGGAUUCACCUUCCUUUUUUCUUAAUAUUUAAUUAUGCUAAAUAAAUCAAGAAUAAAAAUAUAUAAAAAAAUGAUGAAAUCACCAAUAAAAAAUGACAUGUGGUUGGUUGAAACUUUUGCGUCCAACCAAGAUUGGAGCUAAGAGUUUUCCGACUUGUGCCACCAUUGCUGAUUGAUGUAGAAAGCAUUGCCCCUCCCGUCAUCCACUCAGAAUUAGAACCACGUAUUCCAUAAGUCGUCCCUACAAUUAUGAUACAAAAAAUUAAUUACUAUGACGGAUUUUAUAGUUGCAAAUUGUUAUAGUGAGCACGGUGUGAAAUCCAAAUUGCCUUUAUAUAGUUCUUAUAAACAUGAUCAAGAAACUAUAUGUAUAUAUUAUCAUCCAAUGACCUACAAAAAGAAAUGAAACUACAACUAAAAGAUGAGAGGAGAGAUAAAAUAUGCAUUCAAGAGUACUAGUCUAGAAUUCGUCUAUAAAAAGCUUUCUUGAUUCUCAAACUUUCUUUUUGGUUUUUUAUCUUUUGUUUCUUUUACCCGUAUUGUAUAUUUUCUUCCUCUAUAAAAAAUCUCUUUCAAGGCUCUUUCAUUGUUUAUUCUUCAUGAACAAAACUUAGACCGAUGUUAAAUUUCAUCUUUUUAUUUUGGUUGUUAGCGAGUGAUAUGAAAGAUGAAGUAUCGAUUGAUAAUAAUAGUUUCGGUGAUUCAUCCAAAAAUCUUAAUAUAUAUUAGCUCGAGAUUGAACAAUACUAAAAAUAAAUGAAACAUACUGGUAUAAUAGAAAAGAAGAAAUACACAUUUUGUCCUUCUUCGAGAUCGUUUUGGAAGGACUCAUCGGUGAAUAUAUAUAUAACUUCUCUUUAGCAAGGGGUUGGCCAUUCGAUACCAACAUCUUCAUAUAUUGGUCUAAAUCACAAUUGAAAUCAUGAUAAAUGUACAGACAUCUAUCACCCUCCUCAAACUUGAACAAGCUGAAAACCACUUGUUGGUAGUCGAAAUCGUUUGCUCUUUGGAGAGAAAGAUCUCCGGCCUGAACAAGAGCAUGAUUACUUUUGUGUACACUUCGGACUUGGACAAGCCCAUAAUCAAUCAUUCUAUCUCUGAAACGGAGGGUUUCAUUUGAAAAUGGUGUGGGAGUUUCUCUUCCGUCCAGCGGGAGGUGACUCAGUGAUAAACGUGAAUAUGGUAGAUGGAAAGAGGUGGAAGAGCUACCUAUUUCGGUAGCAACUGCAAAGUUUCGUUUACGAUCCAGUCUAACUCAACAAUUGCUCAUGCUUUCAUUCGAGUUUAUAUAUGGUCAGAAUACAUGUUAUGCAAGCAUGACAAUAUUUCUAGUUCAUUUUGACCAAAAUAGCAAAACAAACGAGUAGGAGUUGAGUUUAGAGAUUGACCAAAAUCAAGAAAGAUCUCAAAAGGAUUGUUGUGGUUAUCAAUAAGUACUUGUCGUUGCCUACUUUUUUGUCGAAAUUCAAUUCAUUAUCUACUCUAACUAAAAAGCUAAACAAAUUACUAAUUCACACAAUUUGGUUUUUUAUCUUUCUUUUCUUUUGUUUUUUACCACUAUUGUGUAAUUUUUUUUCCCUCUAUAAAAAAAUAUCUUUCAAGACUCUUUCAUCGUUUCUUCUUUAUGAACAAAGUUUAGACCGAUGUUAAAUUUCAUCAUUUUAUAUUGGUUGUUAGCGAGUGACAGGAAGAUGGAGUAUUGAUUGAUAAUAAUGAUUUCGAUGAGUCGCCCAACAAUCUUAAUAUAUAUUAGCUCGAGAACUAAUGAAAUGAGCAAUGCUAA